CACUUGGACCGAAUCCAGUCUUCUCCACUUCAUCGGACCUUCGACAAGGUCCCAUUGUUUUCACCCGAAACAAUUUCUAUGCUGUCAAAUCCGAGUUAGAAUCCACUAAGAUUGAGCUAGAGUCCUCGAACAAAAAAAUGAAAGAGCUUGAGUAUGAGCUUUCUUCGUAUGUGAAGGAGAAGGAAGACAAGUUUAUAGAACUAGGAAAGAUACAAAAUGAACAUUCAUCCAUUAUGUUUGAAUUGGACUCUACUAAAAGUCAAUUAAUAUCUUCGGAAGAUAAGGUAAUACAACUUGAGGAGCUGAAAAAGGUGCAAGAUCAACUCUGUUUGGCCGUUGAUGAGUUCCAAUCUGCAAAAUUCAUGUUGGAGUCCUCUAAACAAAAGGUGAAGGAGCUGAAGGAUCAAUAUAGUGUUUGCAAGAUGGAAUUACAAAAGAUGGAAGCAAAAAGGCAUAGGUUAUCAGAUUAUCUUUGUUCCAUUGAUUCUGAAGUCAAGUUAACUGAUCCAAAGUCUGAUGGAGUAGAAAUUUCUAUGUUACCGACUGAGAUAGACAUCAGCCUCGACUAUUCUGAACCUAUGCAACAAAGUGAAGGUGAAUAUGGCAAUUCGUGUGGUAUAAGAAAUGACCAUGAAGAUGUUGAAGAAAGCUUUGAAGACGAGAAGGGUUUAAGGACUGACCAUGAAGAUGACGAAGAAAACUUUGAGGACAAGAAGGGUAUAAGAAAUGACCACGAAGAUGUUGAAGAAGAGGAAAAGAAGGGUAAAAGAAAUGACCACAAAGAUGUUGAAGAAGAAAAGAAGGGUAUAAGAAAUGACCACGAAGAUGUUGAAGAAGAGGACGAGAAGGGUAUAAGAAAUGACCAUGAAGAUGUUGAAGAAAACUUUGAAGACAAGAAGGGUGUUGAAACAAAUGGAACUGAAGUACUUCUUGGAGAAAUACCAUUGAAAUUAUCCUACUCUGUAAUUAUGUAUACAACAAUGAUCCAAGGACAGUGGAUAUGUUAAUAAAUCCUUGUGCAUAUAUAUUAAUUAAUCCCUCAAUGCACGUAAA